AGCUCUGGCCACUGCUCAUCAUCCUCGUACAGGCUAAACUGCGAACACACCGACUCGGAACUUUGCAGCAAUGGGAAGCAUCAGCAACAAAGGCAGGCCAUUGGCGGCCCACCAUGCCCCUCUCUGCACCCGCACCCACCAAAUCGGAUCCCUCCUCCUAGUCUUUGCCACCUUCUUCCUCACCCGCCUUCUCGAGCGCUCAUUUCCUUCCUACCCCGACUUAUACGGCCAUCACUUCCCGAUGGCGCAGAGCCACGUCGGAUUUACCGGCGGUGGGUCCAUCGUUUGGCCUGAGCGAGGUUACGGGUCCCUUCUCUCCCUCAAGAUCUACGUCUAUGACGAGGACGAGAUUGAUGGACUCAAGUCGCUGAUGUAUGGGAGAGACGGUACGAUCACCGCCGAGGCUUGCUUGAAGGGCCAGUGGGGGACUCAGGUUAAAAUACACAAGCUGCUUCUGAAGUCGAGGCAUCGUACGACAAAGAAAGAGGAAGCGGAUCUGUUCUUUGUGCCGGCAUAUGUUAAAUGUGUUCGGAUGAUGGGUGGUCUUAAUGAUAAAGAGAUUGACCAGACCUAUGUAAAGGUCAUAAGUCAAAUGCCACAUUUUAGGCGGUCAGGGGGUCGUGACCACAUAUUUGUUUUUCCGAGUGGUGCUGGAGCUCAGUUAUUUAAAUCUUGGGCAACAUACAUAAAUCGUUCCAUCAUUCUGACUCCUGAGGGGGACCGGACGGAUAAGAAAGGCACAAGUUCUUUUAAUACCUGGAAAGAUAUCAUAAUUCCCGGAAAUGUUGAUGACAGGAUGACUGGAACUGGGGCUACCCUUGUCCAGCCUUUGCCUCUAUCAAAGCGGAAGUAUUUGGCAAACUAUUUAGGUCGUGCACAAGGAAAGGUUGGCCGUCUUCAGUUAGUAGAGCUUGCCAGGAAAUUUCCAGACAAGUUGGAAUCUCCAGAGCUAAAGUUCAGUGGCCCUGAAAAAUUGGGAAGGAUAGAGUAUUUUGAACACCUUCGAAAUGCAAAGUUCUGCCUUGCUCCUCGUGGGGAGUCAUCUUGGUCUCUCCGAUAUUAUGAGUCUUCCUUUGUGGAGUGCAUCCCAGUCAUCUUAUCGGAUCAAAUAGAAUUGCCUUUCCAGAAUGCCAUUGACUACACCCAGAUAUCAAUAAAAUGGCCAUCCACUCAAAUUGGUCCCCAACUUUUGGACUACCUAGAAUCUAUACCAGAUGACCAUAUAGAGAAGAUGAUUGCCCAUGUUAAACAUAUAAGGUGCCUAUGGGUUUAUGCUCCCGAAUCGGUAUCAUGCUCAGCAUUGCACGGCAUUAUGUGGGAACUUCAGAGGAAAGUAAGGCAAUUUCACCAGUCGGCUGAGACAUUCUGGCUGCACAACGGAUCUAUUGUAAAUAGAAACUUGAUUGAAUUCUCUAACUGGAAACCUCCCUUGCCUUUGCCUUGAUCAUGGUUAGAGAUGAUCCCUUUGCUUGCCUGUAUAUUUUAUUUUCAUAAAACCAGUCCGCAUUCUAUUUGAUUUGUUUUGUUAGUUUUAGGCCUUUCUCUCUCGUGCACAUGAUUUCUUAGGUUAGAUGUAUUCCUCCCGAAUAUAAUGGGAUACACGGUCCUCCUCCCCCUUCUUUCCCCUCGCCCCAUUUUUUCUUUAAUCUGAUCAUUAUGCAUAGACAUCAUGAAUACCCUUUUAAGAAUCUAAUUCUCAAUGAUAAGCACUGUAACCCCAUGUUCAAAAAU